AUGAAUGUCAUGGAGAAAAUGACCGUAGAUAUUAAGGAGGAGGACUGUGAGUGGGAACAUGUGCACCAUGAGAAGGGGAGUGUGGACAUUAAAGAGGAGGAUUAUGAAGAGUUCACUAUAAACCGAGUCAAGGAGGAAGACCCUCAGUCCGAGUCCAUCUGUAAGUCUCGGUGUCGAGAUGGAAGUGUAAGUGCAUUGGCCUGCCCUCAGAGUAGCAACUGUCCUGUCCAGGAGAAUUCAGCGAGUGUCAAGUCUGAUACUUAUUUAGACACAAAGACCACUGAGGAAUUAUCAAGGAGGACACUGGAAGGUCUGCCAUUGUCUACAAAUCAGUCUGGAGAUGAUAUUAAAUCUAAUAACAAAAGCAAUCCAUCAAAGCAUGUAAACCUAAAUUCACAUUGCUGUACUGAAUGUGGGAAGCAGUUUUCAAAAGAAGAAACUCUUAAGAGCCACCAAAGAAUUCAUAGUACAGAGGGACCGUACCGCUGUUCUGAAUGUGGGAAACAAUUUUCGCACGGAUGGUAUCUUCAGAUCCACACAAGAAUCCAUACUGGAGAGAAGCCGUACGGCUGUUCUGAAUGUGGCAAAAAAUUCUCCCAAAAGAGCUCGCUUCAGGCCCACAUGAGAAUUCACACUGGGGAGAAGCCAUUUUGCUGUUCUGAAUGCGGCAAACAAUUUUUUCAUAAGAGCAAUCUGAUCAGCCACACGAAAAUUCAUACUGGAGAGAAGCCGUUUUGCUGUACUGAAUGUGGUAAAAGAUUUUCAUUCAGGCACAAUCUUCAGAACCACACAAGGACCCAUACUGGAGAGAAACCGUUUGUCUGUUCAGAAUGUGGAAAGGAAUUUGCAAGAAAGGGUGACCUUCAGGACCAUGCAAGAAUUCACACUGGGGAGAAACCAUAUUGCUGCUCAUACUGUGGCAAAGGAUUUGCACAGAAAGGUGAUCUCCGAAGCCACACAAGAAUUCACACUGGGGAGAAACCUUAUGUCUGUUCUGAAUGUGGCAAGCAAUUCUCCAAAUCAAGCUCGUUUCAUCAACACAAAAGAGUUCACACUGGAGAGAAGCCCUACUGCUGUCCACAGUGUGGCAAACGAUUUACCUACAAUUAUCGUCUUCAGACCCACUUAAGGGCUCACAGUGGAGAAAUGCCAUAUUCCUGUUCUGAAUGUGGGAAACGGUUCUCCUGCAGCAGCAGUCUUAAUGUUCACCAGAGAAUUCACACUGGAGAGAAGGCAUAUGCCUGUCAAGAAUGUGGCAAACAAUUCCUGAAAAAGGGCAAUCUGGACAGCCACGCAAAAAUUCAUACUGGGGAGAAGCCAUUCUGCUGUUCUGAAUGUGGAAAAGGAUUCACACGAAAGGUGGAUCUUCAGAACCAUGUAAGAAUUCAUACUGGUGAGAGGCCAUAUGGCUGUCCUGAAUGUGGGAAACAGUUCUCCACAAGCAGUACUCUUUACACCCACAAAAGAAUUCACACUGGAGAAAAGCCGUACUCCUGUUCUGAGUGUGGGAAACGGUUCUCUCACAAGGGCAAUCUUCAAAGCCACACGAGAGUACACAGCAAAUAGGACUACAGGAUUUUAACUCGGAGUGACUGAAUUUUGUAUUGGUAAAUACAGCUAGAGAUUCUGGAAGGAGAGCUGAAAUUAAGGAAUGCAAUAAGAGUGGAGAGAGGACAAUAAGUAGUUGAGGUGCCACCUUGCU